GGACAUACAAACCAAAUAUAGCGGAGUGUUGUUUAAGGCAAAGUGUAUUUUAGAUAUCCUAGUAAGAAAAUACAAAACACAUACAAAUAAAACUUUCCUUAAAACAUCCUACUGAAGCUGAAAGAAAUACAAAUGAAGUGAAUUGAAACAUAUAGCAAGAGAUGAAAAUAAUUUAAAGUGAAAACCAAAAUUCAUAAAAAAAACUUCUUCUUUUGUGUGCAGUAGAAGGAAAAAAGGUGUCAACAAAUUUUUUUCUCCACACACAACAAUGAAAGGAUGAGCACGAGUUACAAAGGAAUUUUUCGAAUGCGAAUCCUUCGUUAAGUUUGUUUUUGCAUUUUCGCUUUUGUUUGUUCGUUCACUCUCCGCCGCCGAAAAGAGGGUGGGUGAAAAUGUGCCACUGACCGUACCCACAGUAAUUGUGGCUUGUCUAUGCUCACUACGCUGCCACUACCAUCAGUGCUGUUGUUUAUUCUCCCCCAUUGAAACUCCUGCCUAGCACUGGAGCAGCAUAACUCCGUCACCGUUCUCCUGCUAAUGUUGUUGUUAUUUUUUUACAUGUUGUGUUAGUCCCUUCGUUUCAUUUUGCCAUUUCCUGGAGUAUGUUUAAUAAUAACAAUGGUGUUAGUGAAUAAAUAAAAAAUAAUUGUGGCAGUCAACAAACCUUAAAUAAAAUCGGUGAAAAAACAAAAUAUAACCUCAAAGAGAAUGAAAAGCUUUAAAUAAGUAUGUGAAAUGUAAAGCGUAAUAUAUCCCCUUUAUCCUAGUGCAAUGCAAAUGUCAAAGGGCAUAACGUCUUAAGUUCCUUAUAAAUGAAAACUUGAACUCGCAGUUGAAAAGAAAACAACAAAAUAGCAACAAAGAAAUAUACUACAUCAAACGCAAAAUCAACUCCCAACAACCCUUCAACAUGACUAUGGAUUCGGUAUUUGUUUACGAGCACCCGGAAUAUCCUGAAAUCCAUAAAAUGGAUUGGCAAUUUUUCAUAAAGGGUUUCCUUGAUGAUCAUCCCUGCACCAGUGCACCACCAGACACCAUGUAUGCACUCCUAUGGUCUAUGUGUGCGGUCUUUGGUAUUGUUUUUGUGCUCCUAGGUUAUCGUUGCCUUCGUGCCGUUGGCUUUCUGACGGGAGCAUUUAUUGGCAUCAAGGCCGUGGCCAUGAUGCGUAUCUAUAUCACUGGCUAUUUGGGGGAACCAGCCGAUGCCGCCUCCUCUUUGGUGGGCGGUUUGGUGGGUGCAGUGCUGGGCUCCACAUAUCCGGUGGCUACAUUUUUCAUUAGCGCCUUUGCUGGUGUAAUAUUAGCUGGGGCUGCCAUGGCAGUAUGUGUGGCCACCAUGCCGGACAAUGAGUUUGGGCAAAUAGAGAUUGCGGUAGCCUUGAUUGGUGGCGCUAUCAUCUGUUCGGUACUCACUCUGUGCAGUGCGAAAUAUGUAACGAUUUUGACUACCAGUGUUGUGGGUUCGGCAAUGAUCAUUUGUUCGGUGGAUUUCUUUCUGCAUGGUCUACAAUUGACCACAUGGAUUUUUAAUAUGAAACCCCAUCCCAAUCCUCCAGCUUGCUAUGGCGGCAUAUUGAUAUUCGCCUGGCCAGUCAGCAUUAUAAUAGGCCUAAUGAUACAAAGUUUCAUCACAGCCUGGGGCAUUGAUCAUCGCAAGAGAGUUUUUCAGAAACGUCAUCAGCAAUUGGCACGCAUGCAGUCAAGACCGAGAGAGACACGCGAAGAGGCACGACAAAGGAAAUUCCGUUAUCUCUAUCAAGUGCGUACGGCCAGGGGUGAUAUAAUAUCACAGAAUUUUGUAUCGGCUUUGCAAAAACGCAUACAAUUGAGUGGCACCGAAACGCCCUCGGAGCGUUCCCUGAAAACGAGUUCGAAUGAACGCAAUACAUUUCGCAGUGAUCGAACACAUUUCACUACUAUACCACCCGAUUCGGAUAUGUUUGAUAAAAUCGAGAUUGUAAGGGAUAUAGCAUAACAAACGGUUUACAAUUAUAUGUAAAUUGUGAACAAGAAGAAGCAGAUGAAGAAAAAAAUGAAGAAUCACAUUACUCUGCACCGCUAUAUACAAUUUCUAGCAAGCAGUGUUGCCAAUCUUUUUGUUUAUUGAAUUUACACUUGCGUCUCAAAGAACAUUUAACAGCUUUAAAUGGUUUCCCUUAGAGAAACUCUGAAGAAACAAAAAAAAAACACGAAAAACAAAAUAAACACAAAUACAAAGAGAAAAACAAUAACCUAUACCUAAAGGUUUUCUAUGGUUCCAUUAACCUUAAAUUAAGAAAAAACUAUCAACUUUGUUUGUCUAUAAUUUAAUUAAAAGUGAUUAAACUAAAAGUUAUUAAAUUUAGUUUCUAUUGUAUUUUCUUUCCUAACUGCAACAGUAUGUGAACUGUUUUUAUUUUUACUUUUAUUUUAAUUUUUGUUUUCUAAAAACAUUAAACAUUAUAAUAAAAAAAAUCUUACCAAAGGAUAAAUUUUGUAAUUUUAAAAACAAAAAAAUAUUCCUAAUUUAUAAACAGGGAUUAAAUUUAAUUUUGUUUUUAUGUAAGUGUUUUUCAAUGGAAAAAGAAACAAGAAACAAACUGGAAAAUAAACUAUAAGCUAGUUUAUUAUUGUAAUAAAAAAAAAAACGAAAAACAAAACAUCUAUGUUUUUAUGUUAUUCAGAUAUAAUAACAUAAGAAAAAGAAGAAAUAUUAAGUUGAGAAAACUUCUUGAAACAUUACAAAAAGUGAAAGAGAUAAUUUUUAAACGAAAUUCAAAAUAAAAAUUAUUCCCGAAAGAAACGAUAUUUUACAUAAGAAAAUCCUUAAAAAAAAUAUAUGGAAAUAAUUUGAGAAUAAUUUAAAGCUAAGAGAAACCACUUUAAGCAAAUCUUCCAGGAUUUAAAAUUUUGAAUUGUUUUUUAACUCCUUAACAUGGUUUAAAGUUCCCCACUUUGGCUUCCAAUAGUCAUAAAACAUUAAAACAAUAUUUUUUAUCAAAAAAAAAAAAUAUUUAAUUUAUUUAAAAAUAUAUACAUUAAUUGUAUUUUGAGCUCAGUUUUGAGCAAUUUUUUAACCAUCUUCCACUGUUUCUAAAACAGAGUCUUCAUCGUCAAAAAAAAUG